UUCUUCGCACAUAAUCAAUUCGUAUUCGCAGGAAAAACCUCAGUCUGCGAAAGAUGUCAUAUGGCAAUAAUGGAUAAGACACUUGUUUGCUCUCUCGUCCUUGUAAUAGGAUUCCAGAGGAAUUUCGCUUACCCCGACCCUUUCUAUGUCUGGCCGUUAGCACCAGGUCAGGCUGCCGCUGAAAUUGCAAGUUUAGAUCAAUCAUCUGCAGGCACUACUGGUUGUCUAUUGGGCACUUCCGGGCAUCCAUCACUCGAUUACGCUGCCCUGAAACUGAGUGGAUCUCCAAAUUCUUAUGUGGAAUUCACGUUAGAAACCAGCGAGAUAAUUCAGGAUUUUUCAUUCAUGUUAUUUGUUUUACCUGAGGGAGUUUCUGGUACUCUGUUUCAAUACGAAAAGCAAGACAUGAAUUCUGGGAGCGGGGAAAUAAAGAUGAUAACGCUUUUCUACAAUGACUCAACACUUUAUUUAGAUGCAAAAGGAGAAAACUCUACUGACACUUUACUUACUAUUUCUUUAGUAACGUACAUUCAGUCCAACGACUGGACGCCUAUUAUAGUAUCCUAUGAUCAAGGAUCGGAGGAAUUUGAAAUUUUUGCGGGAAAUGUUUCCAUUAAGCAAAGCCAUGUCCGAGAGAAGCCGUUACUUGGACUUCCGGGAAAAGUUAAAGUAGGUGGCACUUUUAAUCAAGAUGGCGCGUACCUUGGACGGAUGACAUGCUUGCAUUUUUACGAAGACAAAACAUCUGACAAUGACUUUGGCGAUGCAUUACUGAGAUGUAUGUCAAAUUUAUGGCCGUCUUCUUUAUCAGCUGAUAAUACGUUUCCUUCAUGUGAAUCUAAGGAAGGAUUCUACAAAGUCAUAUCAAGAGGGACACCGCCGGCUGCAAUCAACCCAAUAGCAAACAUGACCAGUACUACUAAAAUAAAAUGUGCACAAUUCUGUUCGUUGCCUACCAACGCAUGUGUGUCAUUUGCUAUAAAUAAACUGGAUAACACCUGCAGUCUGUAUGACGUAGAUGCAUCGUCAUAUUUGAUUGGUGACAAAAAUAGCUUGUAUUAUGUCUCAAACGCGCUGAUUGGUUGUUGUUGAAUUUAUUCUUGCUUAUAUCAUUUCAAAUAACAGCAAAAAACCAAGUACCUGCUUUGUUUCGGCUGGAAUGAAAGUUUUAGAAAACUGACUGAAAGAAUGUCAGAAUCUGUUUCCAAUCUUUGGACUCGUGCAAUGAGCACGUGCAGUGAACAUUAUUCAGUUUCAUCAGACGAAAUAUAUGAAUAUAUGUAGUAUCGUGUAAAGGUUGCAGUUAUUUUGUGAUUCGAAGAUAUUAUAUAUACUCCUUUCUUUUGUUAACUGGUUUACCACGUCCACAUAAUACUUCAAUUUAAUUUUGAUAGUUUAUAGAUAAAUAUUUAUAUAAAAAAAGAAAGUUUAUUUAAUGAACACUUGAAUAUUUCAAGUCACUGA